ACCUAAGGCCAGGGUGAUAAAAUAAACUCCAUAAAAGGUAUCCUAAACUUAUCCUAAAUUUUUACUAAGUUACCUAAAUCUUUUUGUCAGCUAGGCUUAAGGUCUCGAGUUUUAUUUCCUCCCCUAGACUCCUAAGUUGUGGCAUAUUCAUUCCCCUUAAGGAAAAGCACGAUUUUGACCAUCUCAUCGAUGGUAGGAUUUAUAUAAUAUGACACAGAAUCUCUAUUGGAGACACGGCAUCCAAAUACCAUAAUCUACCCAGACUUAAAUAGAAUCUGCUGAGCCGUCAAGUCAUGCUCCUGUUACAUUGGCCUUCAUUUCCCUGUUGGCUGUAGUCUGAGGUCUUGCUGCACUCUGUCCAUCUGGCAGAACCCCCUCCUUCGUGGUCAGUUUUAUCUCCGAGCUACAGUACCGAAGACAAAGGUAUAAAACAACGCCUUCAGGCUUUAUUUAUUUCCUCCGACAUCCAAAGCCUCCAGGAAACAUUCUUCUCGCAAUCAAGCCAAGAUGAAAGACAACAGCAUUCCUCUUUAUACCUCGCCGCAGUUGGGCCAAAAAGUCACUGACUACGCAGAGCAACACUCGACCCCGUUACCCAAGCACAUCAGUGAUUACCAUGCGGAUAUCUCUGCCAACAGAGAGGAUUCUUAUUAUAUGAGCUCUGUUUUCCAGUCUCAAUAUAAUACUUUUCUUGCAAAAUCUAUUCGUGCUACAAGGGUUCUAGAAAUCGGUGUCUACGUUGGCUUCUCUGCCCUCGUAUGGGCUGACGCUGUGGGACCCAGUGGACUUGUGACUGGCCUAGAGUUCGAGCCUGAGUACGCUGAAUUAUCCAAGAAGGCUUUCGCAGCCAACGGAGUCGAUAAUGUUGAGAUCAUCGUUGGCCCUGCUUCUGAGUCUCUGCCCAAACUCAACCCCACCGAGCCCUAUGAUCUUGUUUUCAUUGAUGCAGACAAGACUGGUUAUCCGGGAUACUUGAAGCAACUGCUCGAGUUGUCGGAGCCUGGUAACUCGAACAGAAUCCUUCGGCCAGGCGCUCUCAUCGUCUCAGACAAUGUGCUGCGUCGAGGAUUGGUUGCGGACGACAAAGCGCUCGGUGAUGACGAGCUCAAAGGUGAUCAAUUGAAAAACGUUUUAGCUGUGAGACAGUUCAAUGAUUUGGCACUGCAGAGUCCACGACUUGAGACAUUUCUCCUGCCGUUGUGGGAUGGUGUCAAUGUUUCCCGUCUUCUGGAUUAGUGGUAGCACUGUCUCGACUGGAGGAAGAUCAGAAUGGUAUAUAGUUAUAUAUAUUAGGUCUAAAUAAAUAUAAAGACAAGAAAAAAGUCGCCGUGAUACAUCCUAGGCUGGUAUCGUCUCCAUUGAUAUUUACACUUCAUGAUCUCGUAUUUGGAAAACCAUGUCU